AUGGAUAAAACCGUCAAAUUAAACAAUGUCUUCCUCCAUUCUACUCUGUUUCUACUCUCUUUUAUUUUCUCUCUCUUCCUUACCACAACGGCCGCCGGAACGCCGGCGAAUCCGUUCCGCCCACGCGCCGUCGUACUUCCGGUUACCAAAGACCCAUCCACCGGCCAAUACCUAACCACCAUCUUCCAACGAACCCCACUCAAGCCCGUCAAACUCACCGUCGACAUCGGCGGCAAAGCCCUCUGGGUCGCCUGCGACCGCCGUGAGUACGCCAGCACCACCUACGCCCCCGCCCUAUGCGGCUCGCCGCCGUGCGCCGUCGCGAAGUCCAAAUCCUGCGACAACUGCUUCGACGGUCCCCGGCCCGGCUGCAACAACAACACGUGCUCCAGUAUUGUGUACAACACCGUCGAGAGAUCCGCCCAGAACGGUGAGCUGGCGACCGACGUUUUCGUCGUACAAUCCACCACCGGGUCGAAUCCGGGUCGGGUCGUCCGGAUCCGAAACAUGCUUUUCUCAUGCGGGUCGCUGUUUCUCGGUGAGAAACUAGCCGUUGGGGUUAAAGGUAUAGCCGGUUUCGGCCGGAGUGCCACGUCACUCACUUCACUAUUAUCCACGUCAUUAGGAAUUAAUAAAAAAUUCGCAAUAUGUUUGAGCUCUUCAAAGGGGGUUAUGUUUAUCGGAAGUGGGCCCUACACAAUGAUGCCACGUGUACAAAUUUCAAAUCGACUCGUGUACACCCCGCUCCUGGUCAACCCGGUGACCACCGUCCAUCCGAUCUUCCACGACUUCCCAGACAAAUCCUGGCCGUCGAUGGAGUACUUCAUCGACAUCGAGUCCGUUAAAAUUAACGGCGAACCCGUGCCGUUAAGUCCGAGUCUGUUAAAAAUCGACGCCAAGGGCAACGGCGGAACGAAGAUCUCCACGGUGGCGCCGUACACCGUCCUCCACACGUCGAUCUACAACGCCGUCGUUAAGGCGUUCACGAAGUCUCUGUCGAAGGUGCCUAGGGUUGCGGCGGUGGCGCCGUUCGUCGGCGGGCCGUGCUACAAGGCGGCGAGCCUCGGCAGCACGCGGCUGGGGGCGGCGGUGCCGGCGAUUGAGCUAGGGCUGAGGAACAACGUGACGUGGACGAUGUUCGGGAGGAAUUCGAUGGUGUACGUGAACAACAGCGAGGUGGUGUGCCUGGGGUUUGUGGAUGGAGGGAAGAAACCUAGGACCGCCAUUGUUGUCGGCGGGCACCAGCUUGAGGAUAACUUGUUGGAGUUCGAUGUUGAAAGAAAUAGGUUUGGUUUCAGUUCUACGUUGUUGGGGCUUCAAACAACGUGUGCCAACUUCAAUUUUACUUCUGUUUAAUUAAUUAAAUCCAGCUUCAGAGUUAGUUUAAUUUGUUAAUUAGUGAUAAUCUGCUAAUUAAGUUUGUUCUGUUUGAUUUCUUGUCAUGAUGUAGUAGUAAUACUCUGUUUGUUGUGUGUAAUAUACUAAUAUUAUGUAGAAUGUACACAUAGUUGACGGUGUAAUCUAGUGCCCUAAUGAAUCUUGUAUUUUAAUUUUUUU